AUGCCCAUCCCGUCAGAAAACAUGCUUGAUAGGAGUGACGAAAUGGGCGAUUCUGCUUUGAAAUAUGGUGGAUCGUAUCCCAUAUAUUACAAGGAUACCUUCGCAGGUAACUCUAGUUCUCAUAUUUGGCGAAAUUCUCGCCUACCAGGCUCCGUGGGUUGGGCAAAUCUGAGGCAGUUCAUUCAGUCAACGACGCCCCGAUGUGAUGGGGAAAUAGCAAAUCACCCUCGGCGGGGUUGCUUGUGCCCGCGAUCAGAUAAGAUAACAGACAAAUUACGCUGUUCUUGGCAGAGCCAUCAACGUCAUCCAUCAACAUCCGCUUCCCCUCAGCAUCCUGUGGUAGAUAUAGACAAUCCGGCUUCAAUAUACUCUGUGGCCCGUCCACUUCUGCAAGCUGCCCCACAAGUUCUGUGCUUCUGGUAUUCGACACUCCUUUCUACGUUUCCUUCGGCCUCAGCAGGCCAACCACUGCGUAAGAGGCCAAGAGAACGCCACAUAUCCAAGGUUGAGCCUCACGAGAAUCCCACCCAGGCUGUAACCGCACAUUCCGAAACGACGUGUUCACAACGCAUAACAGCUUGA